CUUUGCUUUGACUGCCAGUAUUACUCACUCCAUGCUAAACCUACUUUCAUGCCUUGACUACCUAGGUAACGCCUAACUACACAUAUACGUAGGUACCAAAGCCAUAGCCACCCGCACUGCAUCAUUUACCACACCUUCUGGUGUUCCCUCUUUUGGUCUUGACCGAUCCAACAACACAGCACUAUCUGUCUCUCUGGAGCACGUUUGCCCCGCCCGAAGGUCCACCCAUACAACUUUUCCGCAGCUCUGUACCUCCCCACCCUGCUACUAAGUUCUGUCCGUCCAGUUGUCUAAGGUCCACCAACCCCCCAUCUAGUGCGGUCAGGUCGAUUCGGAGACGGUGAAGAAGCGCAAUUUCUACUUCAACUUGGCUUCGUUCUGCCUCUGUUCUAUUUCGCCACGUCACUGGCCAUUGCAACUCCGUGUAUUCUAACCUCCCGGCGCAGCUCACAUGCUGGAAAGAGACUAGUAGACCUUGUUUCGCCUGUCCUUCCGACUUGGACGACAAUCGUACUUGCGUGGGAGGCAACGAGGAAGAAAAAAGAUACACCCCGCUAUCCCUCGGUCACCGUCACGGGUACUCGCCGAUCUAGUUACGAGAACCAACGGCCUCUGCGUCCCGCUGCCCCCAGUGUCUUGAGCUUUCGGACAUCUCUCGAUACCCCCUUUCCCGAAACAUCUGACCUUCGCCCCCGCGCCGCCUGCCUCAUCGUCGGCUCGUACGCGCGCUCGCUUUGCCCGUCUCCGACUUUCCAUCCAUCCUCCGAGUGCGGCGAGCUGAUUCGCCUCGGGCCGUCUUGCAAACAUGCCCUGCUUCAAAGGCAUCGCCGUGAGCAUACAUGCCAACGGUGCGCCUCUCCCCGAGCAUGGCAUGCAGAAACAGUCGCGCCUGUCGAGAAUCAGCACCUACAUACCAGUCCCCCAGCCGAGCAUCAAUCCUGACACCAACAAGCCCGAGCCUGCCAAAUUCGCAAUUUCCAUUACUUUGCUCACACCCGGCUUGCCUAUCCCUUACUCGACGCCUAAGCCAACAGAGAGCAACCCCUAUCCGAAGCCGCAGUUUGUUGGCGGCCUUCCCACCGCUGCUCUUGGCCCCUCCAAGUUCUCCGGCGUCGUCAAUCCUUACAUCCCCAUGACAAACUCCGAAAAUGAGACGAUAGCCGCAUACAUAUACUUCGACGGCAGAUCCAAGGAAGAGGUUGCCACGCUUCUGCGCCCCGGUGAAGAAACAUGGGUCAACAGCCGUUGGGUCCAAAUCCCCGACUCGGAGGGCGGUGGUCUCGCCGAGCGCGAGUUCCUCUUCCGCGAGGUCGGACUCGAACGCUGGCUCAACGGCCUGGACCUGCAAGGCCAUGACGCUGCUGAGAAGCUGGAACGUCGCCGCCAAAAGUUUGAGAAAAGACGCCGACGUCAAAAGGCUACCACGGGUGCUACCAGCAUGCAGGUCGAAGAGGGCUCCAAUGGCCCUCGGGACACCCUCCGCUACGGCGCCGAUGACGGCUCCCCUGUUGAAGCCGUCUUCGGCGAAGAUGAUUCUGAUUCGUUGUCUGAUGAUGACGAUAUUCCCGAAGCAACCGGUCAGAUCAAGGUUCUCAUGUUCCGUGUGCUUGCUUCGGGCGAAAUCAAAAAGGGAGAGUACUCGCCUCAGUUCGAUGCUCACGAUGACGAUGACGAUACAGCAUCGAGUAAUCAGGGCAACGGACAAGGCGGUGUUGAUGCCGAUGUGGAACACACCACAAGCUUUGCGAAACCCAAGACGCUGGACCCGAAGACCAUCAGCACCCAGACUGUUACGGGUAUCGACGGCCCGGACAAGCCAUACGCCUCCUUCACAUUCUUCUAUCGUGGGGAGAGACAACUCCAGAAGAUCGGUAUCAUCGCUUCUUCCAAAGCGACCCAGGCAACGCCGGGGUCGGCUAAGCGUCGUUCUGGACAACUAGACUUCUCCAAUCUCGGGCCGUUGAAAACGUCAGGAACUGUUGGCUUUUCAGCCUUCAGAGACCAGGAUACUGAAGCAACUCGAAGACGAAAGGCCCGCAAGAAGAGCAACGGCAAUGUUGGGGGGGCUUUAAAUGACGACAGCGACGAAGAUGACGAUGAGAGUGAACUCAUUGGCAAGAUGCGGGAUAUCGAUGAAAAAGACGUUCACAAUAAGCUUGCGCCCGAGGAUGUUAAAUCUCAGGGGGAGCUUGCAGACGGCGUAAACCGCAUUCACCUCAAGAGGGCGCACUCGACAGAACCUGAUCGCUCUGAAAAUGUGGGCGGCGCGAGCAGUACCGCUCAGUCUGGCUCGUUUGCGGGCCCAUCGGCCACCACCGCCGUAGGCAAUGGCCAAUCUGAUGCGCGCGCUGGUCAUCAGAGCGCCGGCCAUGAUACGACAGUCGAGGCAACGAUCGGAAGCCCUUUGAAGAAGCAUCGCCCGGGUAGCACCGCUGGAGACAGUCAGCUUCAGGUGCAAUCUGGGAGAUCAAACAUAGGAUUCGAUGACGUCUUGAACCGCGGUGCCGCCGUGCAAUCUAGCCGGACAGAUACGUCAACUGCCCACCUGGAGGAGGAAGAGUUAUGAUGAACAUGCUGCGCCUACGCAGCUGAGACACGCGGAAAACACGAAGGGAGGCCAUACCUACUCUAGAAACGGCGUGGUCGCAUCUCGGCUGCAUACCAUAGAGAGCGUUCGAUUUUGGGCAGUGCUCACUCUUGGGGAGGGUGUGACGAGUUAAAGGUCGCCGAUCCCUUGGCCGCUUGGGUCGCUUCACAUCUUGUAUGCUGGAGUCUCAAGUUGCUUGAAGCUUUGAGCCAUGGAAAUAACCUAUUGGACAUUAAUACGCCCUAUUCAGCGUAUUGACAAAGCCUUAUAUGAGAAUCGGGUUUUCAUCGACCCAUGGCGCUGGCUGUCUCUUAGAAAACGAUCAGAAACUUCGCUGGCGAUCAUUGUCCAGCUUCAGGCUUCGAUGCACGUCUCUGGGUAGGCAGUGUCAUUGGAUUUGAGGUGUCGUACUUCCCUUGGUAUUUUAUAGGAGAUCAUCAGCGUGUUGAAGCGCGGUGAUACAUGCGCAAAGAGUAUAUCACCCACCAUGACGUUCGACU